AAAUUUCUUUCUUUUUGGCUUUCGUAAUAUUUCACUUCCACCCAUUUCCCACCAUGUCCACUCCCAGAGACUCGUCUGAUGAUAUCUCCCCAGAACAACAGCCAGAAGAAGGCGAGAUUAUUAGCCCUCAGAGAGAGACCGCAGGCAAUGAGGAAGUAACGGAGGGUGAUGGUGGUGGUGAAGGUAGAAAGAGAGAAAGAGAAGAUGAUUCCGUGGCCUCAAGUAGUAGCACGAGACCGAGGAGAAGGGGGGAACUGGAUGCGCCAAGAAGCGUCGACCCUGCCUGUUACGUAUGUGGGAAACAGUUUGCGUCGUGGAAGGCGGUGUUUGGACAUCUGAGAUCACACCCGAGGGCUCAUUCCGGAGCAUUUCCGCCCCCGAAAUUCAGUCCGGAUAGCUCUCCGAAUCCGAAUAAAGAACUCCAGGAACAACUGGCUCCUACGUUGUUGAACCUGGCUUGUGAAGCUUUGGAGAAAAUGGAACAAGAUCAAGAACCAACCCCUGAUGCUGCUGCUCAAUUGUGGGAGGAUGAUUAUGGUGGGUUUGACAACGGUAUCUUCGACUUAGAAGAGGAAAGAAUCAAAGAAUUCGAGGAGCUCCAUCUUGAUAGCCAACUUGUUUGGCCACCUCCCAUAUGGGUGAUGCCAGAUCCUUGAAUAUUGUAGAAAAUACCCAAUUUUGCUACAAACUGCUUUUGUUAUUCGAAAUUAUUUACUAUUUUCACAGUUAUUCAUAAACAGCUUCUAACAUCUCUCCCUUAAUGAAGAAGAAUUGCUAUU